CCGUUCCGUAUUCAUUCCCGCCUUGAUUUAGUUGACCUUUGCAGAACCGAAAACGACAGUGAACCAUAGAAGCCGCCGUCUAUCGGAGUCGGAGCAGAUAGACAGGAGCGAUGUGCGGUCGAACACGGUGUACUCUCCGAGUAGAUGAUUUUCCACGCGCCUGCCACCUCUCCGGCCGCCGCGUCCGUCAUCUCAACAUGGACCGGUACCGGCCGUCGUAUAAUGUUUCGCCGGGGUUCAAUGUUCCGGUGGUUCGGAGCGAAGACGAUCCCAAUGACGACGGUGCUGUUAUUCACUGCAUGAAAUGGGGGCUAAUUCCCAGUUUCACUAAGAAGAACGAAAAGCCAGACCACUACAAAAUGUUCAAUGCUCGAUCUGAAUCAAUAAAGGAGAAGGCUUCUUUUCGCCGUCUUCUCCCGAAAAAUAGAUGCCUGGUUGCAGUUGAGGGAUUUUAUGAAUGGAAAAAGGCUGGAUCGAAAAAACAACCUUAUUAUAUACAUUUUAAGGAUGGUCGCCCUCUUGUCUUUGCUGCUCUUUUUGAUUCCUGGAAGAAUGCAGAAGGAGAAAUUCUUUACACAUUCACUAUUGUGACAACUUCAUCAUCAUCAGCUUUGGGAUGGCUCCAUGACAGGAUGCCUGUGAUCUUUGGCAACAAGGAGUCAUCUGACUUGUGGCUAAAUGGUUCUCCGUCGUUCAAUUUUGAUACGAUACUAAAACCAUACGAAGAGUUAGAUCUGGUUUGGUAUCCUGUAACACCUGAAAUGGGCAAAUCUUCAUUUGAUGGACUUGAAUGCGUUAAGGAGAUAAAACUCAAGCCCGAUGACACCAAAUCAAUCUCGCAAUUUUUCUCCAAAAAGGGAGAUAAAGGGAGACAAGAGGCUACUCAUGGCCAAGUCAAACAUGAAGAAGAGCCUGCAAACACUGAUCAGCAACAAAGCAUGAAAGAAGAACCUGAGACGCAAAACCAGACAUGCCAUCAUCACACGAACCCAGAUGACUACAUAAAAACGGGGGAAGACUACCAGGAGUCUUCAGCUAGUAAAACCGCAGAUCCAAUAGGGGUGAUUGGUGACCAGAAGAAAUUGAAAGAGGAGGCUGAUGAAAGUUCUUUGAUGAACAAAAAUGAUGAUGUCUCUACUCUUCAAAGGCAGGAAGCCAUUAUUAAACCAAAGAGAGGCCACGGCGAGCUUUUGGAUGAUAACAAUCCAUCCACUGGAAGGAGUUACAGGCAUAUCACCCCACCUAAAAAGAAAGGCACAAAUGCCAGUGACAAGCAGCCUACAAUCUUUUCUUACUUUGGAAGAAGCUAGUGAAGUGACAUCACAGUAUUGAUUUUGUUUCUAUGCUUCAUCUACAUGUAUAUUGGGAUGUAUGGAUGAAACUAAGUGUAUGUUUUUGUAGAAGAAACAACUGAAACUCUGUUGAAUUUUGGGUGGUAAGGUAUCUAUCUAUUUAACCAUUCUCGAUUCCAAUAUGAACA